UGUGUAUCAUGAUCUAUGUCGUAGGUUAUGUACGAAUCUUUAAACAUGUUUAUUUAGAACUCUCGUAAAAAUGGUGUAAUAGUGAAUACAGGAUAAAAUUAUGAGUAGUUUAGAAUAAAGUCGCAAUAGGACAUACCUUUAACCUUUACAAUACUAUCAGUGGUUUUUCUAAUAAUUCAGAAAUCAUUCCAAAAUGGAAAUUCAGUACUUAACUAAGGACCAUUUAAUUGGAUUCGAUAAUUACAAGUAUAACUGCAUAGACUCUGGUAUAUUGAGUAUAUAUGUUAUGCACCCCUUCUGGAACUGGGUAGUAAAAUACUGUCCACGUUUCAUAGCUCCAAAUUUACUCACAUUUACUGGAUUUCUGUUUACGGUGAUUAUGUACCUAAAUUUUGCUCUACUCGAUUAUAACUUUUAUGCUUCGGACUCAGAUCGUCCUGAUGUAGAACCACUUGGGAAAUGGACGUUCUGGGCAGCUGCCAUAUUACUAUUUGUAGCUUACACUUUAGAUGGUAUAGAUGGAAAGCAAGCUAGGAGAACGGGUACCAGUGGUCCUCUAGGCGAAUUAUUCGACCAUGGUUUAGACUCCUACACAGCUGGCCUAAUUCCUGCAGCCAUGUACUCCAUUUUCGGUCGUGGCGAAAGAUAUAGUUUAGUUCCUUUUAGAAUGUUUUUUACCAUGUGGAAUGUGAUGAUGAAUUUUUAUAUGACACAUUUCGAAAAGUACAAUACUGGGGUGAUGUUCUUACCCUGGGGAUAUGAUUUCUCUAUGUGGGGGACAAUAAUAACAUUCCUUAUAGCCGGGAUAUUUGGAUCAGAAAUCUGGCAAUUCCGAUUUGGCAGUGUAACAGCUGGCAACAUAUUUGAGCUGACUCUCUAUAUUUCUUCACUCAUAUCGAAUGUACCUGUAAUAUCUUAUAAUAUUUAUAUAUCUUACAAGAACAAAACUGGCAAGAUGAGACCAUUUUCAGACGCCAUUAGACCACUCUUGCCUGUGGGAUCAUUCUUUCUAAUAUCACUAGUGUGGAUACUCUACUCCCCUGGCAACAUUGUGGAAAGAGAUCCAAGAGCCUUGUUUUUCCUUUUGGGGACGGUGUUCUCGAAUAUUUCGUGUCGAUUGAUCGUGGCUCAAAUGAGCAAUACAACCUGUGAUGCAUUUAAUUUAUUGCUGGUCCCUACGUCGUUCGUAGUGUCAGUGUCUCUUUUAACCCAAUGGGCAAAUCUGGAGUUGAUGCUUCUAUAUUUAUUAUGUAUAUUUACUUCCGUAGCUCAUAUACAUUACGGAACUUGUGUGGUUAGACAAAUGUGUCGACAUUUCAAAGUUAACUGUUUCACCAUCAAGAAACAAGUAGAUUGACUAUUGAUCGACAACGCGUGAUGAAAGAAACCGUGUUGUCCCUCGGAUGAGCAACAAAUGGGUGUUUUUUCAAGAACAUUUUUGUUUAAAUCAAUUGAGUGAGGUGGCUUGUAUUCGAAUGUGUGAAUUUUUGUAAGAAAUGUCGAUUGGUAAAGAAUAAUAUAUAGAUACUGUAAAAAUAUAAUAAUAAAAACUAGUUAAGUCGU